AUGCUCUCUCCCAAUGACAUUACCCUCUACCAAACUCAAAUACAACAAUCAAGAGACCAGACACGUUACCUUCAGCGCGACCAUGCCGUGUUGAGGAGUCUCGCUUUCCGGAGCAACGUCGCCCGCCACGACACCAUCCCCGAGGCACACCAAAAGACGUUUUCCUGGGUCUUUUCCGUACCCCGAUCCCAAAAUGAAGAUGAGCCACCGCCACCUUCUUCUUCUUCUUCUUCUUCUUCUCUUUUUUCUCCCAAUCUCAGUCUACAUACCUGGCUGGAGCGUGGCCACGGCAUCUUCUGGGUCUCCGGCAAGCCCGGCGCCGGCAAGUCGACGCUCGUCAAGUUCAUCGCCGACCACGAACGCACCCGCACGGCCCUCGCCAGAUGGUCCGCACCCAAGCAGGCGGCCGUCGUCAGUCACUACUUCUGGUGCGCGGGCACGCCCAUGCAGCGCUCGCACGCCGGGCUCCUGCAGACCCUGCUCUUCGAGAUGCUGCGGCAGCUGCCCGACGACAUCGAGCACCUGCUGCCGGAGCGCUGGGGCUCUUCGGGUGGCACUUGGUCGAUACCGGAGCUAUACCGCGCGAUUUAUGACAUUGUUGGGCGCGAUGACCUGCCGGUCAGGUUCUGCUUCUUCGUCGACGGGCUGGACGAGUUUGACGGCGAUCACGAGGCUCUGUGUCGUGAGCUGCUCGCGCUGGCGCGGUCGGAGAAUGUCAAGCUGUGCCUGUCGAGCAGGCCCUGGAGCGUGUUCGAGGAGGCGUUUGGGGCCAACAAGAUGGGUCACCUGCGCUUGCACGAUGUCACCAAGAACGACAUUGUAGACUUUGUCCUGGAUCACUUCGCUCAACAUCCAGAGACGACGAUGCACUUGAAACCGAGCGAUGUGCAGACUAUAGCCUUGGAGAUUAGCCAAAGAUCGCAAGGCGUUUUUCUCUGGGUGUCCCUCGCCACCAAGAGUCUUCUCGAAGCUCUCACCCAAGACCAUUCGCCGUCCGAUCUGCUCGAUCGGCUGCGCGAAUACCCACCCGAGCUGGAUGACUUGUUCACGUACAACCUCGACGCCGUUCCGACAAGCGAUCAAGCCACGAUGGCUACGUCUCUUCUCAUCACCGAAGCUGCCGAGAAACCCCUACAUGUCGGCAUUUACCACUUCCACGCCAUGGAGCGUGCCGACCCCGACUACGUCCUGGCCCUUUCCCCGGAGCCCCCCGGCCGGCUCGAGUACCGGCGGCAGCUCGCGCACGCCGCGCAGCAGCUCAGGGGCGUCUGCCGCGGCCUGCUCGCCGUCGACCCAAAGACGAGCGUCGUCAGCUGCAUCCAUCGCACCGUGCGGGACUACCUGGACCAGCCCGCGACCAAGGCCAUGCUAAGCAGCAGGGCACCGCCUGGCUUCUCGCCGAGCUUGUGCCUCGUCCGGGCUGCUGCCGCGUGGACAAAGACGAGCCGAGCCGCCGUGUCGGACGAGCCGAGGGCGGAGUAUUUGUCCAGCGUCACAACUCUGUUAGCAGCUGCGGCGCAAAUUCACCUCCCGGAGGAUGCGGAAGCGUGUCGUCGUCUCGUCGACGAUCUCGACGACUGCCUGGUCUCCAAGGGUCCUGGUGCGGAAGAGAGCCUGCAGAUACUCCGCACGCAAGUCGUCGGCCACAGGCUGUGGUGGUAUCUAUCCGACGUUCAGGCCCGCCGGCCAGGAUACCUCGACGUGCUCAUCGAAGUCCCGCCGCUGGUCCUGGCCCUCUUCCCGGACUACCAGAUUGGCGAGGUCGCGCGCGAGCGACGCCGACCUCCGUGGGACGAGGCCGCGAAGAAGACUGUCUUGUGCCUGCUAGAUCAAGGGCAGGACCCUAACCAGCCCUUCUCGACAGCAGAGACGCUGGCCGCCAAGACGGAGAAGACGCCAUGGGUCGUCCUCUGCGAGCACGUCCUGCCGCACCACGACGACAACGCCCCGCACGCGGGCAAGAAGGCACAGCAGGCGCAGCUCAAGUCAGCGCUAGAGACGGGCAUCCUGGGCGCGUUCCUAUCACGCGGGGCCGACGCCCGCGCGCGGUGCGAGCGGCCGGGGAAGCCGGUCAGCGUGGUGGCGACGGACUACCUGCUGCACGCGUUUCGUCUCUGCGGGGACGAGGACGACGAGGUUUUGCAGGAGCUGUAUCUGCAGCACGUGCAUUGGUUUGCGCCCAAGGACCCGGAGCAUUUGAAUGCGGUGAUGGGUGACUUUUUGCGUCUCGUGGAGAGGGCACGGGGACAAGGUGAAGGGCCACCAAGGUUUCUGCAGCAAGUGUCAAAGAAGCUGCUAGAGGUUUCUACCCAGCUUAAGAAGGCAUAG